AUUAUUUGUCACUCGAUCCCUUUCUCAAUCGUAAAUAAUGAGAUUUAUGGUUUAUUACACUGGUAUUGGUCGAAGUAACUAGAAAUUAUGAGUAAAAAUAAAGUGAAAAAGAAGGGAAAACCCGAGAGGCUAGAAUUGUCCUACGAAGAUGAUUUUUCGUGUGAAAAUUUGAGGGAGGAAGAGGUGUCAGCGCCCCUCGUCUUCUCCGAGGAGUUGACUCCUGAAAUUCAUAGAGUCAUCUCGCAGGAUCUUGCGGGGACGGAAGAUAAAUCGGAAUUUCGGGCGGAUGUUUAUUCGAGGGAUGAGGAAGUGAAAAUUCUUCAGGAUAAACUCAAUCAAGUGAACUCUAAGUACCACAAGUGUCAGAAUACCUGUCUCUCACUUCGUCAUGAGUUAAAUAAAACUCAGAAGCUCUUGCGCAGUGAAGUAGGAGAUAACGUAACGAUAUCAAGUCUUCUUAAUCAUCCGGGUGGUUGGAAAGGAAGGGCUGAACAGAUUCAGCAGCUCCAGCAGAAGCUUUCUGAGUUGCAUCAGAGACUUGGGGAAAAAUCGGAGAAAUCCGCGAGAAAUUCUGCCAUAUCACUCGAGCGUAGAAAUUCGUACCGUACAAAAAGCAUCGAACGAGACAGAAAAACCCAAAUGGAAAAUUUGAGCAGAGAACUCCGACAGAUGGAAAUUGCUCUGGAGAGUAACAAAAAAAAAUUGGAAGCUGCAAGAGCGAGAAUUAAAGUUCUAGAGAAUGAAACGUCAGAUUCCAAGCGAAAUAUCAUAAUCCUGAACGACCGAAAAAUUCACGACGAUCAAUUGAUCGAAGCGUUGAACGGACAAUUGCGCGCGGUGGAGGAUCGGUUCAGGGAGAGAGAUUCCGAUUCAAAAUGUAAAAUCGAUAAAAUCAGUCAUGAGUGCUCGAUCAUGAAGAAUGAGGUACAGUCUUCAAGACUUCAGAUUGAACAGCUCAGAAAAAAAAUAUCAGAACGCGAAACCGAAAUUCAUGCACUCAGAUUAGAUCGAGUGAGUCAGGUAAACCCGAAUCCCCGGGAGUCAAAUGUCUUCGGAUGUUCGUCGGAGGCUGCGAUAAAUCCCCAGGACUCCAAUGAAUACGUCGUCCUGGGGUUGGCAGCCGAGGCGGAAAGGGAAAGACUUGUGGAAGUGGUGGCUGUUCUAAAUCGUCGACUAGAUAAAGAAAGGGCGGAUGCCGAUCAUCUGUCCGAAUUAUUGCGUCGGGAAAAAACUAAAAUCAUUAAACUGGAGCACAAACUCCAGAAAAUUGAAGCUGAAAUGGUGGCAAGACCUAGGGUAAAUUCCGGGUACAGAUCGCGAUCAUCGAAGUCCCUGACUUCCUCCAAGAGUGAAUGGAGUGACGAUCAAUUCAGGAAUAAAUUGGAACUACUGGAGGAGGAGAAUUUGGCUGUGAAAGCUCGACUAGCGACUCUACAACAGGAGAAAACAGAAGACUUAUCGAGGUACAAACAACUCCUCGAGAAUACCAGAAGGAUUUUCCACGAUUCUCUCAGGGGGAAGAUAAGCACAGCGCAUUCAACCUUAACAAUCUGAAUACAAAGAAAUGAACAAGACCAUUGCAAGAGGAAACCGAGAACUGUUAAUUGAUCAAACCUUUCAUUAUACCUUCCGAACCCUCAAGAUUAUUAUUCAUGAGUUGAUAAUUUAUCCACGUGACCCUGUGGAGACUAACACUUUUAUAAUUUUAUUUUAUACGACAUAUUUACUCAAGCAAGUUUGCACUCGUAUCUCGCAGCUCCUGGGCUGUAAAUUCAUCUGAGAUUCAGAAGAUCAACAGAGUCAUGACUAAAAAAAAGUUAUCUCCGUCUUCCUUUUAUUUUCAACGAAAUAUUUUGAAUAAAUGGGUCAACUCAGCGUACGUGAAUCUUUCUAUUGAAGGAGGAAAUCCGCGGAAAAAUUCUGUCUGCGAAAGAUAUCGUGAUAACGUGAUGUGUCAGUGAAAUUAAA